AUGUUCAACAACAACUCCUCCGCCGCCGGCAUAAGCGAGAUAGAAGAGGAAGAAGACGCCAUCAACCACCACCGCCGCCACCUUGACACAACCGAUACCGAAAUUGAAGAACAAGAACAAGACUCUAUUUAUGUUGCAGUUGGUAAGAGUGAUACAAGCAUGGAAGCUCUCUCAUGGACACUCAAUAACCUAACCACUCAUUCCACCAUGCUCUAUCUCAUUCAUGUGUUCCCUGAAAUCAAACACAUUCCACAUCCAUUGGGAGUAGGAAUGAUUGCAAGGAAUCAAGUUAGUGCUGAGCAGGUAGAGGUUUAUAUGGAGCAAGAAAGAAACAAGAGGAGACAACUCCUUCACAAGUUCAUCCAAUCUUGCUCUCUUUCCAAAGUUAAGGUUGAUACCAUCUUGAUUGAGAGUGAUUUGGUUGCAAAAGCCAUCCUUGACCUAAUUCCCAUUCUUCAGAUAUCAAAUUUAGUCAUUGGAGCCAACAAGUUCCUUUUAAGAAAGUCGAGAUCAAGGAAAGGAAAUGGUGUGGCGAAUGAGGUAGUACAGAAUGCACCAGAAAGCUGUAAGGUUAGAAUUAUCUGUGAAGGUAAGGAAGUAAAUGAGCAAAUGAUGAUGAUGAAGACACCUUCUCCUAAGAUAAUUGCCACUACCAAUACAAAACAGAAUGAUUCAGUUUUAUGUGUUUGUUUCAAACCAAAGUUUAAAUGA